AGCUUCUUCAAGACGCUCAUUGACCACGAGGUCACGGUCGAGCUCAAAAACGACAUCCAGAUCCGCGGCACGCUCAAGAGCGUCGACCAGUAUCUCAACAUCAAGCUCGACGAGAUACAGGUUGUCGAGGAGCUCAAGUAUCCUCACCUGAGCUCCGUCAAAAACGUCUUCAUUCGCGGCUCUGUCGUCAGAUAUGUCCACCUGCCAUCCAACGCGGUGGACAUUCCCUUACUAGAGGAUGCCACGCGGAGAGGUAAGUAA